UUAUCCUGGGUUGUAUUUCUUGACAUGUUCAAAAUUAUGCUGUUCUUUUUUUAUAUGGCUGUACUUGGAGCGUACAGAAAUUCCCAGGCCAGGGAUCAAACUCACACUGCAGCAGCGACCCGAGCCACUGCAGUGACAAUGCUGGAUCCUAUGCCACUAUAGAACUCCAAAAUUAUGUUGGCAUUAAGAUGUGUAAUUGGUUAUAUUUAUAUAAAUCCCACAGUCUUAAUUUUUUAGAAGUGUAAGAAUUAUAACUAAAACAGCGGUGAAAAAGCAUCUGAGUAGCAAUUGGAAAUGAGUGUCCUGCUUACAAUAGAGUACUUCAUUUUUGUAUGGUUCUUUUGUGUUGCUAAGUUACCUAAAGCCCUUUCAGUUUUGAAUGGCAAGAAUAUGGGAGUUAAAAAUAUGUUGUCUUAUAGAUGUUUCUUUUUCAUUUUUCCAUCCCCAUAUAAUUAACAAACCCCUUGAAGCAAAAAUUACAGUUUUUCCUUUUAUGGGCUUCAAAAAACAAAUUAUUUUCUGUGUACGUCUUUAAAAUCAUGCAGAUGUGCUUAUGCUCAUGGGAGACUUGGAUUUUCAGCUUGAAAGCGCCAGUAAUUAUAGACUAGUCAUUGUCCCUUAUCUGAAGCCACUUAAUGAUCUUUAAUUGGAUUUGAUUGAAAUGAGGCCCGUGGAUAUUUAAUUCGGUUAAAAAUGUGCAUGCUUUUGAGUUUCUUGAGCAAAGCUAACAUAUUUUUGAGGAAAAAGAGUGAAAGUACCAUGCUGGUUAAAUCUAUGAAAAUGCCAUGAUAAAUCUGUAGCUAAAGAACAAGUACUUAUUUGCUGACAGAAUUAUAAACUACAUAAUAGGUAAUCAUAAAAUUAUUGACCCUUAUCCGUGAACAUAUCUAGGGUAUCAUUUUGCGGCAAAUUGAAGCCUGACUUACAUUCUUUUACUAAAAAUAUUUAUAAUUUGAAAAAUGUUAGCUAUCAUUUCUAAGUUGUUGGUGAUGAGAAAUACGAGUGUGAAAACAAAUAGACCGAUGAUGACUUGUUAGGUAAGAUCUGAACCGUUGCCCAGCGUGGCUAGGACAAAGCAUUCCCUUAAAGGUGAAUUGACUGUCUUGUCCUUAUUAAGAAGCUAAGCUGUUAUUAUCUUGAUCUUGAAAAAGAGUGACUGUGAAUGAGUGGAUCAGGUGCUCAUAAUGGGUUCCUCCUCCCCGCCCCUACUUGUUUAUAAGGCUGCACAUUACAGGGUUUGGGAUUCUGGUUCAGUAUCUUAGGAAAGUGUUUCCAUAGUCACAGCUACAGGGAUAUGUUACAAGCCUGGCAAGCGUGCUGUCUGUGCUAAGGAGACCACCACCUAAAAUAGCUCGGAAGAGACUGUUUCUGAUACCAGCUUAAGUAGUUUAAGCUGCAGCUGACAGCCUGCUUUAUCAUCUAUGUGGAAAUAAGAGAGUAACUUCUUGACUUUAUUCUCGUUUAAAGUUUAUAGUAAGAACGUUCUCUGGUUUUUUUGGGUGGAAAACCAGGUAGUUGGCUAAAAAAAACCUUAAUACCGGUUUUAAAGAAGGCUCUCUGACAUGAGUAACGUCAGAUGGAGAAGGCCCCCUGCUUCCACACACACAGAUCACUGUUGUAUAUGGUCUGGGCUUUUAUUUUGGAGCAGGGUGCAGUUGUCGUGGUGCUUGGAGAGCCCUGAAGAAGUCGUGUGGGUGGAGAGUUGGCUGAUGCUAAGUUGCUGUGAGCAGGUAGAGCUUUCAGAGCAGUGGUUUUAUUUGUACGGAGAUCCCUGACAGUCAUGACCGCUGGGAAAGAUAAAAAUUUUGAUGAUGAAGAUUCUGUGGAUGGUAAUAGGCCUUCUUCUGCCAGUUCCACGUCAUCCAAGGCUCCACCAAGCUCUCGGAGAAACGUUGGAAUGGGGACCACCCGCAGGCUCGGUUCAUCCACAGUUGGAUCCAAAUCUUCAGCUGCAAAAGAGGGAGCUGGUGCUGUGGAUGAGGAGGAUUUCAUCAAAGCGUUUGAUGAUGUACCUGUAGUGCAGAUUUAUUCCAGCCGAGACCUGGAGGAAUCCAUAAACAAGAUUAGAGAAAUACUGUCUGAUGACAAGCAUGAUUGGGAGCAAAGAGUAAAUGCUCUAAAAAAGAUUAGAUCUCUACUUUUGGCUGGUGCUGCUGAGUAUGAUAACUUCUUCCAACAUUUGCGUCUUUUGGACGGAGCCUUUAAGCUCUCUGCUAAGGACCUGCGGUCUCAGGUAGUGCGGGAGGCUUGUAUCACCUUGGGGCAUCUGUCGUCGGUUCUCGGGAAUAAGUUUGACCAUGGAGCUGAAGCCAUUAUGCCAACUAUCUUUAAUUUAAUUCCAAACAGUGCCAAAAUUAUGGCCACCUCUGGUGUCGUAGCUGUUAGGUUAAUCAUUCGGCACACACACAUCCCUAGGCUGAUACCUGUCAUAACAAGCAACUGUACCUCCAAGUCUGUCGCAGUUAGAAGGCGCUGUUUUGAAUUUUUAGAUUUACUCUUGCAAGAAUGGCAGACGCAUUCGCUGGAACGGCAUAUAUCAGUAUUAGCUGAGACAAUAAAGAAAGGGAUACAUGAUGCCGAUUCCGAGGCCAGGAUAGAAGCGAGGAAGUGUUACUGGGGCUUCCACAGUCACUUCAGCAGAGAAGCAGAGCACCUGUACCACACCUUGGAGUCCUCUUACCAGAAGGCACUGCAGUCCCACCUGAAGAACUCAGACAGCAUCGCGUCUCUGCCACAGUCUGACCGCUCGUCUUCCAGCUCGCAGGAGAGUCUCAACCGGCCGCUCUCUGCCAAAAGAAGUCCCACGGGCAGUACCACCUCGAGAGCUUCCACAGUUAGCACCAAAUCCGUGUCAACGACUGGGUCCCUGCAGCGGUCUCGGAGUGACAUUGACGUGAACGCGGCCGCCAGUGCCAAAUCGAAGGUCACCUCGACUCCGGGCACCACGCCUUUCAGCUCCGCAGCGGCCUUGCCUCCAGGGUCCUACGCGUCCUUAGAUGGUACUGCCACUAGAGCGGAGGGUCGGAUCCGCACAAGACGGCAAAGCUCGGGGAGCGCCACCAACGUUGCCUCCACACCUUCCGACAGCCGGGGCCGCAGUCGAGCUAAAGUGGUGUCACAGUCUCAGCGAUCCAGAUCUGCUAAUCCUGCUGGUGCUGGCAGCCGAUCAAGUUCCCCAGGGAAGUUGUUGGGCAGCGGUUACAGUGGCCUGGCUGGGAGUUCCUCAAGAGGCCCGCCUGUGACACCCUCUUCAGAAAAACGAAGCAAGAUUCCCAGGAGUCAGGGGUGUAGCCGGGAGACAAGUCCAAGCCGCAUAGGAUUAGACCGAUUUGGGCUUGGCCAGGCAGGAAGAAUACCCGGUUCUGUGAAUGCCAUGCGGGUCUUGAGCACAAGCACAGAUCUGGAAGCCGCUGUUGCAGAUGCUCUGCUGUUAGGAGACUCCAGGAGCAAGAAGAAGCCUGUGCGGAGGCGCUAUGAGCCAUAUGGGAUGUACUCUGAUGACGACGCCAACAGUGAUGCCUCGAGCGUGUGCUCUGAGCGCUCGUACGGCUCUAGGAACGGCGGCAUUCCGCACUACCUGCGGCAGACAGAGGACGUGGCCGAGGUUCUCAACCACUGUGCCAGCUCCAACUGGUCAGAGAGGAAGGAAGGGCUCCUGGGCCUGCAGAACCUGCUCAAGAGCCAAAGAACGCUGAGUCGAGUGGAAUUGAAAAGGCUGUGUGAGAUUUUCACCCGGAUGUUUGCCGACCCUCACAGCAAGAGAGUUUUCAGUAUGUUUUUGGAGACUCUUGUGGAUUUUAUAAUAAUUCAUAAGGACGACCUGCAAGAUUGGCUUUUUGUUCUUCUCACACAAUUACUUAAGAAAAUGGGAGCAGAUUUGCUUGGAUCUGUGCAAGCAAAAGUUCAGAAGGCCCUCGAUGUCACAAGGGACUCCUUUCCAUUUGAUCAACAAUUUAACAUUUUAAUGAGAUUUAUUGUGGAUCAAACGCAAACUCCUAACCUCAAGGUCAAGGUCGCAAUCCUGAAGUACAUUGAGUCUCUUGCAAGGCAGAUGGACCCUACGGAUUUUGUAAACUCCAGUGAGACAAGGCUUGCUGUUUCUCGAAUCAUAACCUGGACAACAGAACCAAAGAGUUCAGACGUGAGAAAGGCAGCACAAAUUGUGCUAAUCUCUCUGUUUGAAUUGAACACUCCCGAAUUUACCAUGUUACUUGGUGCCUUGCCAAAAACAUUCCAGGAUGGUGCCACCAAACUCCUGCACAACCACCUCAAGAAUUCCAGUAACACCAGUGUGGGCUCUCCGAGCAACACCAUUGGCCGGACUCCCUCCCGACACACCAGCAGCAGGACCAGCCCCCUGACCUCACCCACCAACUGUUCCCAUGGGGGCCUGUCUCCAAGUCGGUUGUGGGGUUGGAGUGCCGAUGGGUUAUCGAAGCACCCACCUCCCUUUUCCCAGCCUAACUCCAUCCCCACCGCUCCUUCCCACAAGACUCUCAGGCGCUCUUACUCUCCCAGCAUGCUGGACUAUGAUACAGAGAACCUGAACUCUGAAGAAAUCUAUAGUUCUUUGCGUGGAGUGACAGAAGCCAUUGAAAAGUUUAGUUUUCGAAGCCAAGAGGAUCUGAACGAGCCCAUUAAAAGAGAUGGCAGAAAGGACUGUGAGAUUGUGCCCCGAGACGGCGGUGUCGCCUCUCCUGCCACUGAGGGCCGGGGUGGCAGCGACGUGGUGGCAGGAGGUCGGACAGCUCUGGACAACAAGACUUCCCUGCUCAACACGCAGCCCCCAAGAGCCUUCCCAGGGCCUCGGGCUCGGGACUACAGCCCCUACCCCUACUGCGAUGCCAUCAGCGCCUACGACAAGACGGCACUGCAGGAGGCCGUGUUCGACGACGACAUGGAGCAGCUGCGAGAUGUGCCCAUUGACCACUCGGACCUGGUGGCAGACCUCCUGAAAGAGCUGUCCAACCACAAUGAGCGAGUGGAGGAGCGGAAAGGCGCCCUGCUGGAGCUGCUGAAGGUCACGCGGGAGGACAGCCUGGGCGUCUGGGAGGAGCACUUCAAGACCAUCCUGCUGCUGCUGCUGGAGACGCUCGGAGACAAAGACCAUUCCAUCCGAGCCCUGGCAUUGCGAGUCCUGAGGGAAAUUCUGAGAAACCAGCCAGCGAGAUUUAAAAACUAUGCGGAGCUGACCAUCAUGAAGACUCUGGAAGCCCACAAAGACUCACACAAGGAGGUGGUGAGGGCCGCGGAGGAGGCCGCGUCCACGCUGGCCAGUUCCAUCCACCCGGAGCAGUGCAUCAAAGUGCUGUGUCCCAUCAUCCAGACGGCCGACUACCCCAUCAACCUGGCCGCCAUCAAGAUGCAGACCAAAGUCGUGGAGAGGAUCGCCAAGGAGUCCUUGCUGCAGCUUCUCGCCGACAUCAUCCCGGGCCUGCUGCAGGGUUACGACAACACGGAGAGCAGUGUGCGCAAGGCCAGUGUGUUUUGCUUGGUGGCAAUUUAUUCCGUAAUCGGAGAAGAGUUGAAGCCUCACCUGGCACAGCUCACAGGGAGCAAGAUGAAGCUACUCAACUUAUAUAUAAAGAGGGCCCAGACCACGAACAGCAACAGCAGCUCCUCCUCCGAUGUCUCCACACACAGCUAAUGGCAGCGCCAGUCUCUCUAUAGCCCUGGAAGCAAUCGGUGGUGCCUCUUAGAGACCUCGUCCCUUCCCCCUAUUGGCUGCCCAGUCAGUACCAGGAGGCCCGCAAAUAUUUAUUACAAUCAGUAUUUUGAUCCCUUCCAGCUUUUGUGUAGAAUCAUACUGGUAUUGAAUGUAAAGGAAGCAAGGCCUGUGUCACAUCUUCAUACAAAGCAAAACAAAAGAAAUACGAAAGAAGAGCCAUACUCCAAGCCGUCUCGUCCAGCCUGCUGAGCUCACAGAACCGUGCGUGGGGGGUGCCGUCGUUCACAGUCAGAGCUCCCUAGCCGAUGCGUGGUAGAAAGUAGCAUUUUCUCUUCAGUUAAUAACAGAUUUGAGGAGGGUGUGUUAAUGUGUAUUUCUCUUUCUGAGACUGGCCCGUGUGGGACAAAGCUGACACCGUGAAAGGGUUUCGUAUGUUUCCAGCUGUAUUUUGUGACUUACUAUGAAUAUGAAUCAAGUCUUGGCAAGAAAAUGGGAGGAGGCAAGCCUGAAGAUGGCCUUUUAUUGGACGGUGGUGUUUUGCUUAGAGUAAGUCCCUAGACUGGAGGCUGCCCGCCCGCCCCGCUUGCCGGGCCCUCGGAACACCCCCAGGCCCAGAGCUGCUGCAGGAGAGGCUGCUUCAAGGGUAGAUCCAAACGUAGCAAUCAAGGUGAAUUGAAGGCAUUGGUCAGUGUGUGCUUCAUGAAGCACUGAGGGUGCAGGCAGGUUGUUUGCCCUGCUGCUGAGAUCCAGGGGAACCUGCUUCUCCCGAACCCCUGGCUUGUGCUUCAGACUCAGUGCCAUCCGGUUUCCCUCCCCAGCCUUUGCUCCAUUCUCACAUGUUCUCAGUGAAUCUAUUCAGGUAAAUGGCAGCUCUGCCAUCGCAAUUUUGUGUUUAAUUUGGGAUUGGGAGCAAAGAAAAGUCUAGAGAGAGCAGAAUCAUUUUUAAAAAUGCGAUGGACUGAAGUACUUCCUUGAUCAUCUGUUUGAAACAGUCUUUUGUUUAAGGGGGAAAAAAUUGUGUGUAGCAAAUGGCAGGAAAACAGAAUUUGAAACACAAUUUUAGAGUCUAUUUCCUUUUCUUCAGUGAGGAACGUACCUUUUUCAAGUUUUUUCUUGAGGGUUUCAUGGCCUCAAAAAAAGCAGCUGUAGAUUUAGAGUCUGGUUGGUUAAGUUUCAAGUAAAAAUUGGAAAUUCCUAAUGCGGUCAUGAAGACGUCUCUCACGUUCUAUUUUAGAUCCUCUAAACUGAGCUAUAUGUCCGUCUUUCCGUGUGGAGGUUGAUCCAAUUCAUUUUCCUGUGCCCGUUCUUGUCAGGCAUUCAUGGCUCCGGUGCAGAGCCCGUGGCUGCCGCAUCCCGAGGCAGAGUCUGCGUGGUUCUCCCCACGGAGCCAUGCGGACCCUCCAGCCUUGCUGGUGGAACUUGGGGGAGACUCUGUAACAAAACAUGACUUGUUUUCGUUCAGAAUUUAUUUUAGGUAUUUUAUUUGGAAAUAGGCACUGACAAUGGAGGUCCAGGAACAGGGAGGCCAGGGUGCCUUCACUGCGUGUGUGUCUGUGUGUGUGUAGGGUGGGUCUUGUACCUGUCGCACUACCCCACUGCUGCUGUGAGGGAACUUCAAGGGUGUGUUUUAAGUGGUUGAACAUUAUCGAUUUCUUUUUGGCUCAGAACAGAGCGGGACCAGGCCUUACUUCCAUUGAUAACGACCGUUUGUCUGUUUAUCUGUCAUUAAUGGGAUUUCCUUUUCACACUCUACAGAUGAGUCAGUGUCUUUUGAUGACUCCUCUGUUGCAGAAACUGGCUUCCUGCUGGGUUAUUUAUGAGUUCCUUCUUGCUGGGCGCCUUAGAAAGGCCCUUCUCCUUGGGUUCCUGGGUGCCCAGGUCCUCCCAGUGCUCACAAAGGGCUUGCCUCUCCCGGCACCUGUUCAACCUGGACCUCCCGGCAAGGGCAGCCACCACCCGGGUCCCUGGGCCUCUGAGGACACCUGCACGCCGCCACCUCCCGGGGAGGGGCCGCCCCCUCCGGACAAUACCCUGCCUUGCCACCGCCUCCCUGCAGGCCUCCUGUUUGGAUGAACAACAGAAUACAGCGCCCAGAAUCCUGCCUCCCCCUUUCACCUGACCGUUCAGACCCCGACAAGCCCACUGACACAGCUGGGGCCCGGCGGUCUGGCUCCUGCCCUCCCUGGCCACAGCCUCCCGGGACCAGGUGCUGCCCCGACUGCAAUGGGGUUGCCCUGGUUCCUCUCUAGACCUUUUUCUUUCCCUGCCGCUCGUUAUUUAUCAAGCCUAAGACGACACAUUAAAGAGCAGCAAAUAAGAACUUUGUAGAAUCCCACUGAGACUUUGCUCACAAUAUUUGGAAACGAAAAAAAAAAAAAAUGCUCUGAAAAAUAUCAGCCACCAAAAUAGUUUUGUCGGCACUGUGUCCACACGCAUGGUCCCCACACCCCCAGGUUGGGUUUUUGGUUUUUGUUUUUUUGGGGCUUUUUCAUGUUACAUCCAUAUCUGUAUUUAUAUCUUAUUUGUUUCACUUUCAAGUGUAUCAUGGCAAAUGUACAGAUUUUUUUUUUUGUUAAUAAUGUGCUAGGAUUUGCUAAAAAAGAAAACAAACAAAAAAAAACCCUUUUGAGUUUGCCCUAGAAUAAAUAAGACUUAAUUGAG